UAAAGUUGAGACUUAAAUUAAGAUGUGGUUUUGAGUCAAUGGUGUGACCUUUAUUUCGUAGCUUGGAUACUUGGAUUUAUAAUACCUGACAUAUUUUUGACAUUCCAUCACACAUAUUUUUGUAGCCGGUAUUGAAAAGGUCUCCUUGAAAUUGAAGUGUAAAAACAAAUCCGUUUGAAUUGACAUAGUAAACUGUGAAGAUGCCCCCAACCGAUAGCACACCAAAUAUGAAGAACAGUGUUGGUUCAUAUGAGCUGCUUUAUUCAUUGAAAGCUUACAAUAAAGUUCCUGUGCAUGAGUAUAAAUCAACUAAGACUGGUUUAACUGUGGUCAUUGCUGAAGUUGAUGGGCCAGUAGUUAAUGGAUACUUUUGUCUAGUUACUGAGGCUUUUGAUGAUGAUGGUUUGCCUCACACAUUGGAGCACUUGAUUUUUUUGGGAAGUGAAGAUUAUCCUUACAAAGGUGUCUUGGACUUGUUGGCAAACAGAUGUUUGGCUUCAGGAACAAAUGCAUGGACAGAUAUUGAUCAUACUUGCUACACCAUGGAAACUGCUGGAACAGAAGGUUUUCUAACAUUGAUGCCCAUCUUCUUAGAUCACAUUCUCUACCCAGUUCUAUCAGAUGAAGGUUUUACAACUGAGGUCCAUCAUAUUACUGGAGAAGGUGAAGAUGCUGGAGUUGUCUACUGUGAAAUGCAAGGACGAGAAAAUUCGGCCGAAUCUAGAUUGCAUUUAUCAAUGGCACGGAAUAUUUAUCCAGGCAAAUGUGGAUAUUCUUCUGAAACUGGUGGUAUUAUGAAAAAUCUACGCGAAAGUUGCAACAAUACAAAAGUCAAAGAUUAUCACAAGGAAUUUUAUAGACCAGAAAACUUAAAAGUUAUUAUUACUGGUCAGGUUAAUCCAGAUGAUGUCUUUAAAGCAUUGGAAAAACUGGAAGCUAAAAUAUUGUCUAAGAACAAUACGAGUGAAUUCACUCGUCCCUGGGAAACUCCCGUUCCUCCAUUAGAAUCAUCUAAAGAUCUUAAGGUAAAAUAUCCAUCAGAUGAUGAAAGCAACGGGUUAUUUGGCGUAGCGUGGAGAGGUCCAUCAGCGGUCAAAAAUCAAUAUGGCCUGAAUUCUACAUCAAUUCUGAUGAAAUAUCUAACAGAUUUUGCGGUGUCUCCACUUCAAAAGGAGUUUGUUGAAAUUUCUGAUCCAUAUGCUAGCAAAGUGGUAUAUAAUUUAUGCGAGAAUUCCGAAACUUGUUUAUAUUUCUUGUUUCAAAAUGUACCAAAGCACAAGCUGAGCUUGAUUAAACCAAAGUUAAUGGAGAUUUUGCAGAGGAUUGUUGAUACCAAUGAUAUAGAUAUGGACAGAAUGAAAAAUAUUAUCAAUAGACUCAAGUUGGAAAGUUUGAGUAAUAUGGAAAAUAGUCCCCACCAUACAGUGGCAUUUAUGAUUAUUGGCCAUAUGCUAUAUGGAUACACAAAGGAAGAUUUGCAACAAAGAGUGAAUCCUUUAACGGAUUUGGAGAAAAUGAUGGAAGAGCCCAAAGAGUACUGGGUGCAUUUGUUAAAGAAAUACUUUAUUGAUAACAACAUGAUUUCAAUUGAAGGCGAGCCUAGUAUUGAGGAGCAGCAAACUAUGGCUUUAGAAGAAAAGUCGAGAAUCGAACAACAAGUUCAGAGUCUUGGGGAAGAAGGUUUGAAGGAGCGAGUGAAGAAAUUAGAAUCAGCAAUUGAAUUCAACGAGAGGCCGCCUCCAGUUAAUAUGCUUACAUCAGUGCCAAUUCCAAGCAUUGAGAGUAUCAAAUUUCAUAAUAUUGUUCGUUUUAAGACUGACGAUGCUCAGAGCACUUUGGUAAACUUGUCGAAAACACCAGUAUUUACUUAUUUCGACCACGUUCAAACCAAUUUCGUUUAUAUGUUUGCACUCUUGGAUACAUCUAUGAUAUCUGUAGAUUUGCGUCCCUACCUUCCAAUACUCUUGGAAGCUAUAUUUGAAUUACCUAUCCAAAGAGAAACUUUAAUUUGUUAUGAAGAUGUGGUGACAGAGUUAAAUAAUGAUACUGUAGCCACUUGCGGAUCGUUGGGAUUAGGAGGUGGCUUAGCAAGCGAUUUUAAGUGCGGCACCUUUUCGCAUACAGCUAACAUUAUGCUACAAGUUGAAACGGCAAAAUAUGCUAAGGGAAUUUCAUGGUUGAGAGAACUACUUUAUCAAACUGUAUUUGAUGCUGAACGCCUCAAAAUUAUUGCUACUAAAAUGGUCAAUAAUGUUUCCCAAGCGAAGAGAAGCGGAAGGAACGUUGUCUCCUAUGCUACAAAAGGUCUUUGGUAUAUCGAAGACAGUAAUCCAAAGGCAAAUGGUAUUUUGAAGCAGCAAGCAUUCCUUAACAAGUUAUUGGAGAAAUUGGAAAAACCAGACAGCGUUCAGGAAGUUCUUCAGACCAUUGAAUCUGUGAGGAAGAUUAUCACUGAUCCAACGACUUUAACUCUGUAUUGCGCUGGUAAUUUAGAUGUUCUAAAAAAUGCCGGUGAAGCACUUAGCGAUAUUUUGCCGGAAACGAUGAAAUUGGAUGCAAAGCAAAAUAAAUUGAACGUAAAGAUGGAUCACACAUUGUUAUUACCACAAACAGAGGGUGGCGUAAAUUCUGGUUGCAUCAUAAGCAUGGGCUGUUUGGAAUCUUCUUUCAUGCAACAAUCCACACCUAGUAUUAAUUGCUACGAUGAUCCCGAUUUGCCUGCUUUGAUGCUGUAUAUGCAAUACAUGGUUCAAGCUGAAGGACCACUUUGGAAGAACGUGAGAGGAAAGGGUCUUGCUUAUGGCUACACUAUUACGCUGUCACCGAGCGAAGGUCUGCUUUACUUAAUUUUUUCGCGUGCAACGAACGUCGUCGGUGCUUACAAGGAAUCAUACGACAUCGUCAGCAAGCAACUUAAGGAGAAAGACUGGGACAAUACACUUAUCGAGUCCGCUAAAAGUUCUCUUAUUUUUGAAAUCAUCGACGAGGAAAAGACAAUCGGAAGCGCUGUUAGUCUUUCUUUGAAAUCGUAUUUCCAAGGUGUCGACUACAAGUACAACAGAACCCUGCUGAGUCUAAUAGACAAAGUUUCUGUGGAAGAUUUGAACAUGGUUGGAGAAAAGUAUAUUGCUGCAUUAUUCGAUCCAACCAAAGUAAAAACCGCUAUCGUGUGCGAUCCUUCAAAGGCCGAAGAAAUCAAAACUGGUUUUCUGAAGAUGGACAUAGAUUUAACCGUUUAUCCAUCGUUGGAAGAAAGUUUUUUGAAAGUCUAAAUCGAUCGCCUUGUAAAGUACACAGGGCGAUUGCUUGCUUUGCUUUUCGUUGUUUAAUUAAUAAAGAUGUUUAAUAUGUGUUUUAUAAUUGUUAA